AUGGGAGGAAAGAAGCUGAAGUCGAGUGUCAACGCACGGGACAAUAUCAUGGACUUUUUGAUUCGUAUGGAAACAUUCUUACAAAAUGCAGAAGCACCAAGUGAGCUCCAAAUUAGGCUUCGUUUGGAGAAAUUGGAGGCAAAGUGGGAUGAAUUUGAGGAAAUACAAUCAGAGAUUGAGGGUACUGAGGAAUUUGAAGAGAACAUUGAUCAACACCGACAAGUAAGGGCAGAUUUUGAAGACAAAUAUUUUGAGGUAAGGGCAGGGUUGGAAGGCAAAUUACCACGGGAAGUGCCACAAAACAUAGGUCAGAAUAUCGCUCAAUCGGCCGCACCUGGUCAAAAUGACAAUGUGCAUUCCUACAUACGUCUGCCGCAGAUCAACUUACCAGAAUUCGAUGGGCACUUUGAGAAUUGGCUAGCGUUCCACGAUACUUUCAAAGCUCUUAUCGAUUCCUCCCCGGAACUCACAAACAUACAAAGGUUCCAUUACCUACGGGCAUCUUUGAAAGGCGAUGCUCUCAAGUUAGUCGACUCGUUCCCUAUGAGCGAAGCUAACUACAGGAUUGCUUGGGACAGCUUGGUUGCCAGGUUCUCAAACAAAUAUUUGCUGAUGAAGCGACAUCUGAACGCCUUAUUCGAAUACCCGAAGAUGCGAAAGGAAACGGCUACCGGUAUACACGAGCUCAUCGACUGUUUCGAACGGAACACAAACAUCUUGGACCAAUUGGGAGAACGGACAAGCGGCUGGGGAGCAAUGUUGACACACUUGAUGGUCUCGAAACUUGAUGACACCAGUCAAAAACGUUGGGAGGAGCAUGCUUCAGGCGUGGAAGAACCAUCUUUUGCUGUUUUGAUAGAGUUCCUCAAAAAGCAAUCUCGGGUGCUGGAUGCGGUUUCAGUGGAUCAACUGUUUUCAACUGCUGGCGGUUCGUCUUCUUCUAAUUUCUUCAAAUCUCGUCCGAUGAAGGUUUCGGUCAACUCUACUACUGAAAAUUUUCUUCCCACCUGCAUGGUUUGUAACGAACAACACUUUAUUUCACGAUGUCCAUCAUUCAGCGAACUGCCACUGGAAGAACGACUGCAGUUCACCAAUUCUAAACAUCUUUGUAGUAACUGCUUGGGUAGAAAUCACCUUGCACGGGAUUGUCCUUCAAAGUAUCGCUGUCGAACAUGCUCUAAGAAACAUCAUUCUCUUCUACAUCCUGGUUUUCCUGGGUCUGGAUCAACUUCUUCGACUUCUACAGCAGAUUUGGCCGUGCUUGCUGUCACCCCUUCUACUUCUGGCGGAACACCGGACUCUGGGAAUCCUGAUUCUUGUUCGAUUUCAUCUAUUUCCUCCAACGUAGCAAUAGGAGUUCACGAUUCGCAUGUCUUUCUUUUGACGGUUAUGCUGAAGGUUAAAGACAGAUGGGGAAGAAAUCACCUCGCAAGGGCCAUUUUGGACUCUGGAUCGCAGGCCAACCUCAUGACGGAACAUUUAUGCCAAUUGCUCAAGUUGCAAAGAAGCGAUAGGAAGGUAGAAAUCAGUGGAAUUGGACGAUCUCGGAAACAAAUAGCUCAUGAAGUGUCCACAGUCAUCAGCUCUCGCAUACAGGACUACUCACAACCGAUGAAUUUUUUGGUAAUGGCACAAGUCACUGACGAUCAACCUGCUUCGUCUUUAUCAAUACCUAAUUGGAAACCUUUCCCGGAUAUGGAACUGGCGGACCCCGAAUUCUUUCACUCUGGUCCAAUUGAUAUUGUUCUAGGUUCUCAAUUCUUUUAUGAUUUCCACCUUCUUCACGGUGGCCGGCUACAGAUUCGGAAAUUCGACAAUAUGCUGCCGGUGUUUGUCAACACGGUAUUUGGAUGGGUAGCCGCAGGUGAAUCGGAAUGCAAUGAAAGAACUUCAUCCGUCAGUUGCCACCUAGCGGUGGUGGAUUCACUGGACAAAAGCAUUGAAAGGUUUUGGAACAUAGAGGAACUAAUCGAUAAAAAACCAAGGUCACUGGAAGAGGAAGAUUGCGAAACUCAUUUCCGAGAAACUGUUACACGUGAUAACACUGGAAGAUACGUUGUUCGAUACCCGAAACGCAUGGAUUUUGAUAAGUUGAUAGGCGAAUCGAAGAGUACAGCAGUGCGACGAUUUCAUCAAUUGGAGAGACGUUUGGGUCGAGAUGCUGACAUACGGAAACGCUACAAUGACUUCAUGCUGGAAUACAUUGUGUUAGGGCAUAUGAAGCUUAUUGGCGCUAUUGAAAACAUCAAAGAUCAUGAACGCACGGUUUGCUACCUUCCGCAUCACCCGGUUUUUAAGGAAUCGAGCACCACUACGAAGCUAAGAGUAGUUUUUGAUGGUUCAGCGAAGACUUCCACGAACCAUUCACUUAACGACGCGUUGCUUACAGGACCAGUCAUACAGGAUGAUCUCCUGGAUUUGAUGCUGCGAUUUCGCAAACACCCAAUCGCCUUGGUAGCGGAUGUAGAAAAAAUGUAUCGACAAAUCCGUUUAAAUCCAGAAGACACUAGUCUCCAACGAGUUAUCUGGCGUUUUGAUCCUUCUGAUCCCAUCGAGGUUUACGAAUUACAAACAGUGACAUACGGUUUGUCACCUUCGUCAUUUCUGGCAACUCGUGUGAUCCAAAAACUGGCAGAAGACAUUGGUAAUCAGUAUGAGCUUGCGGCUCCUAAGUUAUCGAAGGACUUCUAUAUGGAUGAUUUCAUUUCGGGGGCAGAAUCAGUGGACCAAGCCCGACAACUUCGAAAAGAUGCGCAAGCAUUGAUGGCAGAAGGCGGACUGCAUCUAAGGAAGUGGAAUUCAAACCGACCAGAAGUUCUAGACGAUACAACUAUUGAGUCAAACGGAAGUGUACCAACGAUGCAUUUCGAACCUGAACAAAAGAUCAAAACACUUGGAGUGGUUUGGGAGAUAGAAUCGGAUCAGUUUGGAAUGGAGGUACUAAUUCUGAAAAUCGACGAACAAUGGACCAAACGGAAAGUGUUUUCGGCAAUUGCCCAGCUAUACGACCCUCUUGGUCUUGUUUCACCAGUAACUGCUUGGGCGAAAAUUCGCAUGCAACACCUCUGGUUAAUCGCAGCAGACUGGGACGAUGUUAUUCCUGAAGAUAUCUGCAUCAAAUGGCAGGAAUUCUAUGAACAGUUACCGUUGCUGCAGUCCUUCAAGGUUCCACGAUAUGUGUUCGUGCCCGAUGCAGUAGAAGUUCAGUUUCACAUUUUUAGUGAUGCUUCGGAGAUGGCAUAUGGUGCAUGCAUCUACGCUCGAUCUACUAGCAAGGACGGAAAAAUCAACACUGAGCUCAUCUCAGCGAAAUCUCGUGUGGCGCCACUCAAGCGCAUUAGCUUGCCCCGUUUGGAGCUCUGUGCUGCACUUCUAGGAGCAAAACUCUAUGCUCGGAUAGCAGCAGCGCUGGAAAUGGAGGAAGUUCGUUGCUGUUUCUGGUCUGACUCAACUGUAGUAUUACAUUGGAUACAAGCACCUUCAAAUUCUUGGCAAACGUUCGUCGGAAACCGCACAUCCGAAAUCCAACGGCUCACACAUGGUCACCUCUGGAAACAUGUAAAGGGAAUUGACAAUCCGGCCGACUACAUAUCUCGUGGUAUGCUCCCGCAAAAUUUCAUUGAAAAUACCGUUUGGCGUGCAGGUCCGGUUUGGCUAUGUCAGCGUGAGGAAAAUUGGCCAGAGCAACCGAUGCUGCAAUCGAUAUCGGAAGAUCUGUUAGAGCGACGAAAGACCGUGUUACUCACAAAAGAAGCCUCUCCAGACAUCUCAUUGUUUGAACGAUAUUCGACUUUCUGGAAAUUAGUCCGUAUAACUGCGAUCGUUUUGCGCUUCAUCUCACGAUGCCGUACAAAAACCCCUCAUCAAACUCCGUACCUUACAGUUUCGGAAUUGCAAGCUGCAAAAGAGACACUGGUGAAAACUGUUCAAUAUCAAAAUUUCCCCGAAGAAGUAAAGACGCUGAAGAGAAAAGGUACCGUGCCAUCCAAGUCACCAUUGAAGAAUCUGCAGCUCUUUGUCGACCAAAAGGGUAUCCUUCGUCUUGGUGGCCGGCUCCGACUGUCCGAAGAGAAAUAUCAAACAAAGCAUCCCAUGGUACUGCCUAGCAAGCAUCCACUCACUAAACUGAUAGCAGAACAUUUCCACAUCGCUUUGUUACAUUCUGGUCCUCGUAUGACAAUGGCUACCAUGCGGCAAGAGUUCUGGCCGCUACGUGCAAAAGAUUUAGUAAACUCCGUAUGCCGCAAAUGUCACAAAUGCUUUCGAAACCGCCCUGCUCCUAUUACCCAACCAAUUGGCCAACUACCUAAAACACGCAUAGCCCCCAGUAAGCCAUUUAAUAUCACCGGUGUUGAUUAUUGUGGUCCUGUAUAUAUGAAGCCAGUCCAUCGCCGAGCAGCUCCACAGAAAGCCUUCAUCGCCGUGUUCGUCUGCUUCACCACUAAGGCAGUCCAUUUGGAGUUGGUGUGUGAUCUAUCUACAGAUGCGUUUAUUGCUGCUCUACGACGCUUCAUUGCCCGCCGUGGCCUUCCUAGCGAAAUACAUUCCGACAACGGAACCAAUUUUCAAGGGGCAAAAAACGCUAUGGCAGCUUGGUACACGCUUCUUAAUGAUCCUCAUCAAAAACAGAAAAUCCACGACGAAUGCAGCAGGAGAACCAUCAAGUGGAAUUUCAUUCCACCAAGAGCACCUAACUUUGGUGGAUUAUGGGAAGCCGCUGUAAAAACCACCAAAUCAACGUUAUCUAAGAUCCUUGGAAAUGUUCGGCUUUCAUAUGAAGAUUAUGCUACUGUCCUUGCUCAGGUGGAAGCUAACAUGAACACCCGCCCACUCACGCCGCUAUCUGAAGACGCCGAUGAAUUAGACGUUCUUACGCCAGGACAUUUUCUGACUGGAUCAUCAUUCGCAGCGCUCCCGGAUCCAGAUUACUCGAAUGUACCAACGGGUCGAUUAAAGCACUACCAGCAACUACAGCAGCUCAUACAGCAGCAUUGGAUACGAUGGAGAAAAGAGUAUCUGACAGAGCUAAAUAUCCAGCGGAAGAAAUCUUCAUCACCGGUCGAAAUUUUCGUCGGACAAUUAGUUCUUGUGCGAGAAGAUAACAAAUCGUCUGCAACUUGGCCGCUAGCAAGAAUCCUUUCCAUUCAUCCAGGUGAAGAUCAAAUAACCCGUGUCGUCACACUCAAAACAGCGACUGGAACAUACACUCGAGCUGUUUCUAAAAUAUGUCCUCUACCCUUCGAUGAGAAUUUAAUGCAGCCAACAACUAAUGAGAACUCCAUCCAGUAA